AUGAGCAAUACAAUAGAUAAAGUUCGAAUACUAUUAGUGGGUGAUUCAGGUGUUGGGAAAACAUGCCUUACCCAUUUGAUAGCCCAUGGUGAAAGUCUCAGCCGUCCUGGUUGGACCGUAGGCUGCAAUAUUGAAGUUAAGCUACACGAAUAUAAAGAGGGUACACCACAACAAAAACCCUACUUCAUUGAACUAUUCGAUGUUGGUGGUUCACUGAGUCAUAAAAAUUCUCGUAGUGUUUUCUAUGCACCCACCGAUGGUAUUAUUCUCGUACAUGAUUUAACAAAUCGUAAAAGUCAUAAUAAUUUACGUGAUUGGCUAUACGAAAUAUUGAGUAAAGAGGGUAAAGAUACAUAUAAGCCUGGCAGUAAUCCUAGUAGUAGCCACAAACCAUUAAAUGAUGAACAGAAUGCAUUUGACCCGGAGGAGUUUGUGGGAGCAGCCCAAAUACCCAUACUGGUAAUGGGUACAAAAUUGGAUUUGGUCGAUGAGCGGAGACAGCCGAAAACUGUGCAGAAGGCAGGCGGCAUAGCUGAACAAUGUGGAGCAGAAGAAAUAUGGCUUAAUUGCCGCGAUCCCAGAAGUAUAUCGGCGGGUACAACAGAUGCUGUGAAGCUAUCACGAUUUUUCGAUCGGGUCAUAGAAAAGAAACAACAGACACGUGAUACAGGAUUUUAUGGUAGUGGCAUAACUGAUAGGCGACGUUACAAUACAGCCUCUACAAUGCCUUACAAUAUGACCAAUAUUACAACAGCCGGAAAUGCAACGAAAACAAACUCACCCACACAAACGGGAAAUAUACUAAUGGAACCAAAUGUUUUAUAA